AUGUUGUGGUUUGUCAAGGUGCGGGUUUUGUUUUUGACGAAGCGGACCCUAGAGAGGACGCUAAACGCGCGGAAUGACGGCAGGGAUCGGUUUCGCGCAAACGACGCGGCUCUGCGGGCACUCAUGCAAAAACUCAUCGCCCCCUCAUCGCGUCGGGGAUCCAGCAACACGACGAUUUCAUCCUCCUCGACGAAGAGCCUCCUCGACGAAUGGGAAACGGACGAAAAUGAAAAAUCGAGCGGCCGGUGGAAUGGAUUCGCCGGCCACGCGCCGCGCGAACCCAAAAAGGCGCAUUCCCCGGGCCAUUCGACCUACAGCGAGCGAGUCUUCGAUGGCAAUUCCAAAGCGGAAAGCGUGGAAUGGGGCUGGGAUGGGGCCUCGACGACGGGAGGGGAAUCGAGCCCUUCGCUUUUGGCGCCCUCUUCGGAGCCGUCCCGGCAGGAAUACGCGGAGGCGCUUCUUCAGUUAACCGCGGUCUCGAUGCGGGAGGUUUGGGAGGCGCAAAACCAACAUUUUUGUCUUGCCUGUGAGGAGCAAAUUGCGGGAAUGCGGAAGAUUUUGCGCGAGUUCUUCGCCGAGUCGGGGAUUUCUUCGUCAAGGGCGCUGGUGGGGAAACCGCCCAUGGCGGGGUGUCGUUGGCAGGAGAGUCUAACCAAAAAGAAAUCGUCCUCGGCGCCAAACAUCGCACUCCUAAAACAAAUUUAUCUGAACAUGGUAUCCUGCGUGGGGAGGAUCAUCAGAAUGAGAGGCUCCCUUUGGAUGAGCCUCUGCCUUGCUGGAAUAGCCUUGAUAACGAGUCUUGCGCUACGUUAG